CGCCUGCUCGACCAAACUCUAUCCCGGAAAUGGUUUAUGACACAGAGCGGCUGUACACUGUGUCCUUCCAGGAAGUCUGCGACCGCUUUGGGAAGCAGUACACCUGGGACGUGAAGUCGUCAGUGAUGGGGAAAAAAGCUCUGGAUGCCUCCCAGAUUAUCCGGGACUCUCUGGAGCUCCCCAUGACAGCCGAGGAGCUCCUGACUGAAACCAGACAGAUACAAGAAAGGAUUUUCCCCUCUGCCAAACUCAUGCCAGGUGUUGAGAAACUGGUGCGCCACCUGAAGAAGCACAACGUCCCCAUCGCUGUCGCCACCAGCUCGGCAGGCGUGACGUUCGAGCUGAAGACCAAGACCCACAAAGAGUUCUUCGCUCUCUUCGAUCACAUCGUUCUGGGCGACGAUCCCGAUGUGAAGAACGCCAAACCUGCGCCGGACUCCUUCCUGGUCGGAGCGAAACGGUUCAGCCCUCCUGCUGCUCAUGAGAAGUGUUUGGUGUUUGAAGACGCUCCAAACGGUGUGAAGGCGGCGCUGGCGGCCGGGAUGCAGGUGGUGAUGGUUCCCGACGACAACAUGGACCGGAGCCUGACGCGGGAGGCGACGCUGACGCUGAGGAGCAUGGAGGAGUUUCAGCCGCAGCUCUUUGGACUCCCUGAGUUCGACUGAGGAAGACGCCGAAACCCAAAACACAGAGUCAUAUAUGACCUUUGUGUCCGUGAUGAUGACUGUUUUCUUGCUCUGCUAAUGUUUCUUUGAUUCAUAAUGAAAAGUGGUGCCUUAAUGUUUAAACCUGGGUCACAUUUUUACACAUUUCAGGGUCCAAAUUUCUAAAAGGUGGUAGAGAAACAGCUCUAUGUCAUCUUUUUCUGUAAGUUGUAGCAAUCUGUUGCAUGCACCCUCAAAGAUAGACCUCUAAAUAUGUAAAUACAGAACCCAAGAUCUUGAGUUAUUGGAUCCGACCACUGCAGCAUUUUUAGGUCUAAGUGGGGAGAAUUGAAGACACACACAUGUGGGGGAUCAGCUUACACCGCUCUGUCCUUGUUCCUAAAUGAAAUGGCAAACACACUCCUCCUCCUCUCCUUUCCUCUCCUCGGUGUAAUCCAGUAAAGAGGCAGCUCACCUGUCCCCCCCCACCAUCCUCUCACCGUCCUCCAGGCUUUAGCAGAGGGGUCGCAAGACGAGUUCGACACCUGUGCUGCUGAAAUAGGAUUUCCCUGCACUCACAUCCAGGUCUGAAGCGUGCCUAUGUGGCCUCUCAUGCACCAGAGGGACGUCAUCCCCGUGUGCUUUCCUUUAAUCCUCCAGACUUGACUUCCUCAAGGUUUUCCUGCUCUCAAAUGUUUGAAAUCAAAUAAAGAAAUCCAUGACACAAA